CAUAUCCGCUGAGUCAAAUAGCAACACCGUUGUCAUGGUUGCAGACGAGAUACAUACCACAAAUGCGAAUGAGGACCAAACCGUCAAAGAUGGCCAUUUUCAAGAACAAGAUAUGGAGAAUGGCGAUGACCCUAACGCUACCGAACAAGCCAAGGCCGUUGAACCCAGACGCAAGGUGGAUCCAACAUCGGCCCAGCCGGAAGACAAGGGGCACCACGUGACCCGACUUCUCUUCAUCAUCACCGUCAUCUUCUUGCUGACAUGGUUCCCGAGCAUCGCUUACGAGUACCUGCCGACGAACCUGACGAUGAGCCGGGAACACACACUCAGUUCCACCACCCUCCUGCUUGUCCAACUCAAGCUAUCGAACCAUUUCAUCAACGUUUUCGUUUACCUCGCCGUCAACGCCAAGUUUCGCCGGCAGGUUCGCGAACUGUUUUGUUGUUGUAAAUGGAGUUAGACAUAGAUAAAAAGAUGUGGGCGAGAGAGAGAGAAAAAAGAAAGAUGGAAAGCUAUUUUUUUCUUUAUUAUUGAAAAUUAUGCGCCAUCUAUGUAGUUAACUCCUUCGAGGCGCAAAUAAACACGAAGCAUUCAUAUCUAAAUAAGGAUAUCUCAUAUGCGUUGUCCACUUACUCUCAUGCGUUAUUAUUCUAAUUGUACACACAC